AGAGGGUUAUUUGUCUGUUCAGAAGAGGGAACUUGUGGUCGGUAAAUGUUCCGCUUUUCACUCUGUUUGUUGCAGAAAAACCAGGGGUUGCAUGAUAUCAAAACCAGUCUGUACUAGUCUGGUUAUGACUGGUCAGGAGAUGGAGAAUGUCAAGUUACGAUGACAAAAAAGAGGAAAAAGCCAGAUACUGUGGACUCUCGAGCUGAUUCAGAAAGGUAUGAAAAGGAAAGUCAUAAGGUUUUUAUUAAGUUGAUGCAGACGGAUACCAUUUUUAAAGAGUGGAAUCCAAUCCAACUCACGAAGGGUCUAAACAAGGAAAUGGGAGAGAUAACACCAUGAAUACAGUUUUAAACCCUGCUUUCCCGGCGCUUGUUUCCGUGUUGAUGCUGCUGCAGUGCCAAGCCUUCAUCUUCAGAGAAAUCACAGUGAAUGACCCCGUGACCUUCCCGUGUACCUGCUCUGGAAAUUGUCCGGUGGUCCAGUGGACCCGCUUCAUUCCCAACGAAGCCGUCAUUGCUGAAAGCCGGAUGUGUCACGGUGAACAGUACGAUGAGAGAUUUUCAGUAUCAGGAAAUACCAGCAGAGGAAAUUUCUCCCUGACGAUCAGUUCAGUGGCCUACAAUGAUGCCGGCUCCUACAGGUGCAGCUGUAAUAGAAACCCAGUUGCUGAAGUAAAGCUGAAAGUUAUCGUUCCGACAGUUAUAAAGGCUUUCGAGAGGGAGAAUAUCACCCUCCCGUGCUACGGAAACACUCAGCACAAUGUUCAAGAUGUCACAUGGAAGAAAGAUGGACAAAAGGUUCUGCUGUACACCCCAGCAAACAGAUCAGUGACGACUGCUGAAGCAUCAGAAAGCAGAUUGAUGAUGUCAAGAAAGGGCUUUCGAGAUGGUUGUCUCUCUCUUCACAUCAGUUCAGUUCAUCUGUCUGAUGCAGGAUUAUAUCAGUGUCUCCUCCAUGAUGAGUCUCAGGACGGAGACCCAGAAGCUGUUUUACUGAAGGUAGAAGGGCGACAACAAUUAUCAACCACCAACAGCAAUGAAGUUUCAGUCCUGUGUGUGUUUCUAGGAUUCAUCAUCUUUGUCAGCAUCAUUGGAUUAAUCGUUUACGUUGUGAGAAGAUGCUUCAGGAAAUCCAGAUCAGGAGUUUAACACACAGGACAGCAUUAAAACCAAAGCUCUUAUCUACAGUGGUGGUUGAAAGUUUGUGAACCCUUUAGAAUUUUCAAUAUUU